UUCAGUCCCUGCGUCUGAUCAUAUUUUCGCGCGAAAGACAAGCAGCAGCAACAGCAGGGGAAAAGGGCUCCAGCUAAUCUGAAAAACUUCUCCGAGUUAUUGAAAAUAACUUCAGAUCGUCCUCUACUGGAGUGUAAAGCAGAGCGAUGCUUUUCCACUCCAUAGUUGACAGAGGAGUGGGCAGACGAAGGCUUAAUGCCCUUCCUGUGGAUCCCCGGCCCAGGUUCCCUCUGAGCUCUCUGCUGGGAGGCUUCGAGUGUGUCCGACACGAUGAACACCUCUCCUAUGGCAACUUGGGUGACUCUGUGCCGCCUUUUGGAUUGGCUUUUUCCUCUGUGGGGAACAUGCAGAACAUCCUUGCAGCAGCUAAUGAAGAAGGCAUUGUUAGGAUCUACAACACAGAGAGCCGUGAAAAGCCACUUCUUAAAGAAUGGCUGGCUCAUGAGAAUGCUGUCUUUGACAUAGCCUGGGUACCGGGGGAGCCUCACUUGGUGACUGCUGCUGGUGAUCAGAUGGCCAGGCUGUGGGAUGUGAAGUCAGGGGAGCUGUUAGGCAGCUUCAAGGGUCACCUCUGUAGCCUAAAGUCUGUGGCAUUCACACCAUGGGAGAAAGCUGUGUUCUGUACUGGGGCCAGAGAUGGAAAUAUUAUGGUCUGGGACACCAGGUGCAGCAAAAAAGAUGGUUUCUACAGACAGGUGAAACAGAUCAGUGGCGCUCAUAACAAAGCAGAGACAAACGCUCCCACCAAAAUAAAGAAGAGGCGGAGUAGCACACGUGGCAUGGCUCCCAGUGUGGAUACCCAGCAGAGUGUCACAGUGGUUUUGUUUCGGGAUCAGCACACCCUCAUCUCUUCUGGGGCUGUUGAUGGAGUGAUCAAGAUGUGGGAUCUGAGGAAGAACUACACUGCCUCCCGUCAGGAGCCUGUCCCACUGCAGAUAUACCCGUACCCUGGUUCUUGCAUGCGCAUGAGACUUGGUUAUUCUGGACUUGUUCUGGACUCCACGAGAUCCAACGUCAUAAGUAACUGCACUGAUGAUAGUAUCUACAUGUUCAAUGUCAGCGGGGUGAAAACGACUCCAGUGGCUGUUUUCAGUGGCCACCAGAACUCCUCAUUUUAUGUAAAGUCCACUAUCAGCCCAGAUGACCAGUUCUUGGCCAGUGGUUCAAGUGACAAUAACGCAUAUGUCUGGAAGAUCUCUGAUCCUAAACAACCUCCCAUGAUGCUCCAAGGCCAUAGCGAGGAAGUGACAUCUGUUGCAUGGUGCCCGACUGAUUUUACUAAGAUUGCUUCCUGUUCUGAUGACCACACUGUGCGGAUCUGGAGGCUUCACCGGGAAAUGGAUGGAGCACAAUCUUCAGUUGGAGAGGCUAACCUUGUGGGUUGGGCACAUCCAAAAACUCCUCUAAGACCUUCAAUCAGAGCUGAAACAACUCCUGCCAAGAACCAGAGGACAGAGAGUCUUGGCGGCUUGGCGUCACCCCAGCUGGCUGCCUGCGCUCCCAGUGGAGCUGCCUUGCCUCUGCCCUCCAGCACCACCUCACCCGUCCCUUCACAGUGUCCUACGGCUGCUGCUGUUCGCCAGAGAACACCAUCUUCUAUCAAACAGUGGUUAUCCCCGAGCUGUGGAUCUCCUGGUCAGGUCAGCCCUCUGGCCCGCCGGGUGCUGAGCCCGUGUCCCCAGAGCCCGGCGAGCAGCACCUCUCCCACAGAACGACGGGCCAAACGCAGGCUGGAGACCGGUGAUGGUGCAUCUGCAGGCUGUGGGGGUGCAGAACAGUGUGACUGUGUUACUGAACUCUACCCUGCGGCCAAGAGAAGCCGGGGCCUGUCUGGCAUCUGCUGCCCUGCUCAAGAGAGCCAGCUACAAACAGACUGUCACACAGAGGACAACAAGCAAGUCUCAUCGAGACAGACGGGCAAGGAGAAUUGCUCUCCCAGAGAAAAGGACUGGUUGUCAGUGAUGGCCCAAAAGAUGAGGAAAGGUCAAGGAAGCCCUAGUUCUCCCAGAAGCCCCAGUGCCUCAAAGAAACAAGAAGGCAAGACCCCAGCUUCACCGACCAUCCGCUCACCACAAACCAUGAAGAAAAUCUCUUUGUAUUUCACAAGAAGGGAUCUGGAGUGAGCCAGUCAGGUGCUCCGUGCUUCUGUUUGAAAAUAUAGAUUUUUAUUUUGACAAUUUUUAACCUGAACUGACAGACAUAAGCCUCUAAGAAUACUGAUCUAAGUCCAGAUUACAUGAGUACAUGAACCAGGGCUGCAUAGUUUGACAAAACAGUCAUUCUGUAUAAUUGAUGCAGCAGUUUUCAAAUCCCAAGAGGCUGUUUUUUAUUUUAAUUGGGCCAUGGGUUUUGGAGUUGCCAGCUACACAGUUUUCUUGUGCUGUACAGUAUCUCUGGUUGAAGAAAAGUUGUAUGUUGCUGAGUAAAUCUUUCAUUUUACUCAAAACUGACAACUUUAAGAUAUAUAUUAGUGUUUAAUAAAAGAACACACAUUUAAUAAAGUUGUUCAGGUGGUCGACCAGGAAUUAAUCCUCAAGUGCAGAGAAAAAUGUUUGUCUGCAGAUACGAACAUUUUAAAUUCUUCUUAAAAAAUACACUUUAUUUGAUCCCCAUCUUUAGCAGUUUUAUGAACUUCGCAAAGUUUAUUUAAUGCCUUAUCUCUGUAGAUUUUUGCAUGUGUGGGUUUGACCUUUUUCUUUCAAUUGUAUAUAUCAAAUUCUGCAAAAAAUUGUUUCUUAAAUUUACGCUUAAGUUGUUUAUAUGUACAAAAUAACCAAUGAUUGUUGCUUGGUUCAUUUGUAUUUCAUUUGA